UGUUCCACUUUGACAACUGAGGAAUCAAUCUUGGGACCCUUCACGCUGAUUCAUUCUGGCAAUUGUGCGUUGGCAGCAAGUUGUUUUCCACCGCUCAACUUCCACUCACGAUGCCUUCACGUUGCAGGGCCGCGAAACCCCAAACUGCAACACCUCUUCAAUCACCAUUUUCCCAGCAUGAUUAAUUUAUCUGUUGCGUGUUCAUGAAAACAAAAUCAGCCAUGACGCCAGCGGACAAAGCCAUAAUGGCAACUAAGACCGUGCCGAACGACGCAGCCGAGACCUUGCCGGACAAUGCAGUCGAGACCGCGGCCGCGACGGUGACUGGAAGCAAACAAGCCACUCCUUCCAGUUCAGUGUUAUCACCCCUCCCACCAUCGCCAUUGCCGUUGCACGAAACGCCAUGGGGCUGCUUUCCGCCCGCUGUGCCUGAUAGUCGCAUCCUUCACACCCUCAUUUCUAUGCGCAAGAGCUUUAUGGAAGAUACGCUCAGAAACUACAGUGUCCUCGACGGGUUUCAGGGCGAAUUGGACGAAAUCACAUCUAUCGAGCGAGUGGGUCUGGAAAAUUGGCUGCAGUUGAAGCAGAAAGAGCGAUGCGAACUCCGUGCCCGUUUCUCUAACGACCCCGACUUGGUUCAAACACAGAAGGAGCUUCAGGCCUCUGAGGUUCUGGCGUGGAAGGCACCGACCCCGAUUCAGCGACUGAAUGCCAGACAAGACAUACCUCGACUGAAGAGGAAGCUUGCUGAGCAAUGCGAGGAAUUUGACAAGGCCGACGAGCCAAUUCGAGCAGAAAUCACUGGUGUCCUGGUCGCUGCCAUGGGAUUUAAGCGAUGCGAGCUUAAUGCAUACCAGAAGAGCAAAUUCAUUUCUGCCACUGCUCCUGCAACUCGAACUCGAGAAUUGACGUCAGUUGAGAAGAUGUUUGGUGCCCUCAACAUGGACGAUGAUGCUACUCGCUCUCCUACCCCGGAUAACGACCACACCGGUCUGAGUCGACCCUCUUCAGGACACUCAGUGUUUAGAAUGACCCUCGAUGAAUCUACUACCGCAGAGGCGAGAUUCGACUACCACUAUCGCAACAGUUUGAAUGUCAUCAAACGAGCUUCCAAGGAGCACCCCGAGAACCAUUCUGAGAACCAUCCCCAGAACCACCCUGAGGACCAUCCUAAGCAGCAAACAGAGAAGUCAUCCACGCCGUAUCAGAUUCAUAUUCCUGAUUGGUUCCGUGUUCUUGAAGCCCAAGACUGCAUCAUGUCAACUCUGCCCACUGUGGAGGAACGAUACAAAGAGCUGACCAACCAGAUCUAUUUUCUGGAAGAUAAAAUCCGAGCCAAUAAGUACAAAGAGAAGGCGGGGCCUACUAAGGAGUGGCACAACCCCAGUCCAGAUUGGCACUUCGAGGCACGCCACCAGAAGGGAGGCUGGUGGCGAUGCCGAUCUGGCUCUGAUGCCACUGACGCUGAGCGUAAAUGUAAGGUUUGCCAUUAUUCGUCCUCUCCUCGCAAGGCAGAAAAAGAGAACAAGGACGAUCCGGAAGCACAGCUCAAAUACCUCAUGGACCUUAUCGACCAGGCUUCAAAGGAGGUCGCCGAGAAGGACAAGCAGGAAGUCAUUGAGCAAAUGAAGAAGAAGGACCAGGAGAGACUGUUGCCCAAGGUCACUACCAUUGUCAGUAUUGGCAAGGAGCUUGCUGAGGAGGAUGCCAGACGCCAGAAGGCGGACGAGGCUCGACCCGCAAGGAACAUACCUGGACUCGAUGGUUGUCGUCUAAGUGCGGGACUUUCAAGAAGCGUGGAGUGAAAGUGCGAACAAGGAGCAGUCUUGUUCUUCUCAAUGAUUGUUUUAUCUGUAUCAAUACCUGACAUUAGUUCGGUUCAGGACCUUGCGUUGGUUUUUCAUUGGUUACACCACUCAAA